AUGGCCCUCCGUAGAAGAUCUCAUGAUGGAAGAGCCGCUUCUCCCAUUCCUGAAGAUCCUAAACCAGACUUCUUGCCUGGAUGGUCAAGAGCCACUAAUGAAAUUAUGGAUCCCGCCAUUCACCGUGCUCGUGCUCCAGGACAUUCUCACCAAGAAGCUAACUCACCCCCUGUAAGAGCUAUUGAGCCGGAACAGGCUCUUGUACCUGCCGAGCGCGAAGUCAUUAGUCCCUCAGUUUUACCCGGUGUCCGAGCUAUUCCUCCCGCUUGGAAUCGCAUACUGAGAGGGAGACUCCAGCCUGGCCAAUAUUUUGCCAAAUCUUUAACCCGUUAUUUGGGACCGUUCACUGAUAUGCCAACAGUAGAUGAUUUACCUGCUGGUGAUACUUACGUUAUUUUGCAACGAAUGGGACGAUUCCCUGAUACUGGUAAAUCCAUUUUCAGACAUGUUGCUCAGAUUAACUCAUGA